AUGCGCUUGAGUCCGUCGUUGUACCAGUUCCUCGUGGGCGUCUUCGCCUCCCUGGGGUCGUUCCUUUUUGGCUAUGAUUUGGGUGUCAUUGCAGAAGUCAUUUCGUGCCAAUCUUUCGAUGCAAGGUUUGCCGCAAAUGACACGCAAACUGGGUUGGUAGUGUCCAUGUUCACGGCGGGAGCUUUCUUUGGGGCAGGAUUUGCCGGUCCCACCGGUGAUUAUUUGGGACGACGAUGGACCAUCGCGAUCGGUUGUCUCGUCUUCUGCCUCGGAGGAGGUCUUCAAACUGGUGCCCAGACGAUUUCAUACUUGUACAGCGGAAGAUUCUUCGCCGGGCUCGGAGUUGGUUUCCUCACCAUGAUUAUUCCCAUGUACCAAGCCGAAAUCUGCCACCCCAGGAUUCGAGGCCGGGUGACAGCCUUGCAGCAGUUCAUGCUGGGUGUCGGUGCGCUGUGUGCCGCAUGGAUCUCAUAUGGUACCUACGUCGGAUUUCAUCCGACGGACAACGCUCAGUGGCAAGUUCCACUUGGUCUGCAGAUGGCCCCUGCAGUCGUCCUGGGUCUGCUGAUUAUGUUCUUCCCUGAGGAACAGUCACCCCGUUGGCUCAUUGACAAUGGCUUCAACGAAAAGGGCCUGCAGACCCUCGCAAAGCUCCAUGCUCAUGGUAAUGAGGAUGACGCGUGGGUGCGCGCAGAGUAUAAUCAGAUUCAGGAGAGCAUUGUGUAUGAGCACGAGCACGAGGCCAAGUCCUACAGCGUCCGUGCAAAUGACUGGUGUCUCGGCGAUCCAAUCGGCAUUGCGGGCGACGACACGCUCAAGUACCAGGCGAUCAAUUCAAUCAUCGCUUUGGUCGCGGAGUGCCUAUGCAUGGCUUUCAUUGAUCGUUUCGGUCGCCGCUGGACUCUCAUCGGUGGCAACCUGGGCAACAUGGUCACCUUCAUCAUCGCGUGUAUCCUGCUGGCGCGGUUCCCUCCUGAAGCCAACAACACCGGUGCUCACUGGGGCUUCAUCAUCAUGACUUGGUUGUACAACUUCUCCUUCUCGUGCACCUGCGGUCCCCUUUCGUGGAUUAUCCCUGCCGAAGUAUUCGACACACGGACACGUUCGAAGGGUGUCUCCAUUGCCACAAUGACAUCGUUUGCGUUCAACACCAUGAUCGGUCAAGUGACGCCCAUCGCCAUGACAAAUAUUCGUUACCGCUACUACUACCUCUUCAUUAUCUGCAAUUUCACUAAUGCACUGUUUUUCUGGCUGCUCCUUCCCGAGACCAAGAAAUUGCCUCUCGAGGAGAUGAACUACCUGUUCUCCAACGCUCCCUGGAUCGUGCCUGGUACUCGCAAGGAGGAUUAUACCCCGCACGACUUGGAGCGCAAGCUCGAGGAACAGGAACAGAAACAGGCUGCUUUUGCCACACAUCAAGAGUAA